CAUACACCUUUACUAGAUCAGGUUGCCCAGGGCCCGAUCCAACCUGGCCUUGAACACCUCCAAGGACGGGGCAUCCACAACCUCCCUGGGCAGCCUGUUCCCAGAGGGGGUUGAGCCGGCUGGGACUAUACUCUGUUUCUUUAUGUGGCUUUAUUUUACAGAGGAAAUCAAAAUACUUACACAAGCACAUCAAAAGACUUCAAGCAAAGAAUACACAGUCUCAAAAGAAAGCUCUCAGCCUUGGAAUUCACUUUCUCCGUAAUAGUUCAAUAGCACUCAUGUUGCUGACCUUCAGAGCACACUGCAAAACACAACUGUUUAUAUAACCUUUGCAUGAUGAGAGACGCACUUUGUUUAAUCCUGCUGUAUUCAAUGACAGCAUUGAAUGCAGUCAACUCAAUUUUUGUUUAUUUCUCUAUUUGUUUGGGUUCCUUUGCUCAGGAAAAGGGCACGAGUAAACGAGUAAACUGAGUCAGAAUUUCACGUUGAAGGGAAUCUAAAGCAGAAAAAUAUACAGGCAGUCACUAUUUUAAGACAGUGAAAUGUUGGAAUAUUCUCUGUGAGAAUAAUUUGAAGCCAUAAAGUUGCUGUCAGUACUUGGAUUUCAAUCAUAGUGUAACUUAGACUUAAUCAUGACAAGCUCUGUUUAAAAUGUUAUGUAUUUUGUAUUGGGGAACGUUUUUGUAUUGUUACGAAAUCAAGGCCAUGUACACACUGGGAUAUUUACUAAAAUAGAUAUACUAAAAUAGGCAUGACAAUCAGUUUCCCCAUAAAGGAGGGUGGAAGGAAGCCUUGAAAAGGAACAGUGCAUAAUAUUAGCUCUCAGACUUACCGGAACACCUGCAUUAUUUUUUUCACAGAGCACAGUUUACAGAAAGAUGUUGCAAGAUAAAGAAGACAGACACAGAGACAUGAAAUGGUUUACAAAGAAAAUGAGGUAAGUAUGCUUUGGGAGUUAAGAUAAAGGAGGGGCUGAGAGGCCAAGACAAGCAGCCAGCCUGCCACAGAAACAGCAGGCUUUAGAUCAUCAAAAACCAUGGAGGGUGCAGCUGUAGAUUUCUUGCUCCAGGCUACAGUGGAUCACAUCUGUAAGCGCUCCAGAGAUGCCCAGCAACACUCACUCAGUCCAAGAGAGCAGCCAGAGAGCAGCCCUGUUUUAUGGAGGCCCUGGAUGCCCACAGCCAGGGAUGGUGAAAUGACAGAGAAUCAACAAAUGGCACAUCCAGAUGGUCAGCUAACAAAUUUUAGAUCAAAAGGAGCCCUGGGGUUUCAGCAUCCAGUGAGACUUUAUUUGCCCAAAUCCAAAUGCCAAAAGUUUCUUAAUAACACUGGAGAGAAGGUUCUGGCUAACUUUCCAGUGCAAGCCACAAUUCACUUCUACAAUGAUGACACUGAGUCUGAAGAAGAUGAGGAAGAAACCAGUUCAGCCUAGUAAUUAAUCAUCACCAGCCUUUCCAAAUACAUAAUUAAAAAAUAAAGAAAGGAAUUAAAAAGGAACUGUCAAGAAUGCAUGAACAAACAUCUGACUGAACAAAGAAGCAAAUCAAAGCUCAUUUGAAGACUAUUUAUAGCUAACUAACCAAGAAGAAUGAGUCAGUGCAACUGGAAACAGAGGAAAUCCUUUUGUGUUUCAAAAGACUUUUAAAUAAAAC